AUGCCCUCACUCGGACUCACCGGCGAUGCAAACAUGGACGAGCUCUUGGGAACGGGAGAUCAGCUGACGCCUAGAAAGAGAGAUCGCGGCGAACGGAUUGUCUGGACACCCGAAGAAGACGAGUUUUUGCGCGCCGCCGUCCAGACAUACGGAGACAAGACCGAAAAGUGGGCCAAAAUCGCCGCCUGUGUGCCGGGCAGGACUAACAAAAACUGUCGAAAACGCUGGUUCCAUUCGCUCGACCCCAGUCUGAAAAAGGGCCCAUGGACAGAGGAGGAGGAUCACUUGCUCAGGACAGGCGUUCAAAAGUUCAAGGGUCAAUGGAGUAAAAUCGCAGAGCGUAUCCAGGGACGAACGGACGAUCAGUGCGCAAAGCGGUGGCGCGAAGGUCUGGAUCCCCACAUCGACCGAGCCGCAUGGACACCCGAGGACGACGUUAUUCUGCUGCAAAAGUUUGAAGAGUUUGGGAGCCAGUGGCAAAAGAUCGCGCUCUCCUUCCCAGGACGACCAGGACUGCACUGUCGGAACCGGUGGCGUAAAAUCCAGAGGGGCCUCAACCAUAUGAAGCGCACACACAAACGGCGGCGGAAUCAAUCAACUUCGCGACAAGACACAACCGAAACCCAACGACUGGAGGCACUCAUGGAUGCUGAUGACGAUGACUACCAAUACACAAAGCGAGCAGGGAAGCAACGACAUUCCUCUGACGACCGUCUCCACGACGGCCAGUUCGAUGAAGAUGAUCGCGGUCUUGACGACAGCAACGAUUCGGGGCACUCUGACCAGGACGACGACAGAGACGACACUGGCCCAGACGAGGAUAAGCCCUACGGCUGUGCCAUCCCCGACUGCACAUUUUCCAGCUCGUCUCCAUCGCUUCUGUUUUACCACUUCAAGGCCUCCCAUCACGGAACAACAGUCUUGAAGCCCUUCAGAUGCACCAUGCCCGGUUGCGAGGAGCGGAAGCGAUACAAAAACAUCAACGGUCUUCAGUACCACGUCACCCACGCCAAGAACACUCCAGGACAUUCAGGGCAUGGUUCAGUAGGUCCUUAUGAUGGGCACCAUUCAACAUCCACGACUGACGCAAUUACGGCAACAACCACGGCGACAAAUUCACCAUCCACAUCCUCAGGUGUCCAGGUGCAGGCGCCUUCAGCGGACAUCUUGACGCCUCAAGUGGAACUCCAAAACUUUUCCUUUAUUCAACCGCAGCCUUCUUCCCUACCGACUCCACCCACUAAUGCGGAGAUGCAAACCAUCGCUCCGCCACUCCUGAAGCAACAGCCGAUUGUGUCCCUCCAGGCAUUCAACAUUCCACAUACCCCGGAGUCACUGGAAGACUCUGUCAUGUCCUCAGCUCCUCUGGAUGGGUCAUUGACACAAACCCAAACCCAGGCCCAUCUCCAACAACAGCUUCAACAGCUUCAACCCUCACUGCAACAUCAGCUCCAAUCACACCAUCGACCUCAACUCCACCCACAGCUUCAGCCUCAGCCUCAGCCUCAGCUCCAACUCCAGCAACGACAACAACAACAACAACAACAACAACAUCAUCAACAACAACAACAACAACAACAACAACAACAGCAGCAGCAGCAACACCAAGUUCAACUGCAACCUCAACUUCAGCCGCAGUUGCAAACGCACCUGCAACCUCAAUCUCAGCUGCUUAUGCAACAUCAACCUCAUCCACACAGUCAACAGCUGCAGCCUCAUCAUACGACAACACCCCUGCAAUGUCCAGAACUUGGAUGUGGACAGUACUUUCACAGCAUUGGAAGUCUGAAUACUCACAUGGCGACUCAACAUGGUCACCGGUCCAUGACCAUGGCCAUGACCGCCGAAAGCACUGACAGCUUUGCAGUCGACUCGAUCGCCAUCCCGGAGAACGACUUUGACGACAUGGAAAUCGACCUUGCCUACCUCGCGUCAGACAGCGCAUCACCCAUGGAACCUGGCCUGCUGAUGCUGGAGGACCCUCACCUGCAGAAGCAGCUCGAUAGCCUUACUCGGGAUCAUGGAGCAUUAAGCCUGGACCCCACGACCCCGGACACUGAGCAGGAUCUCAACAUGUUGACGAUGAGUGAGAUGCUCUUUGCCAGCCAUGUAUCCAACUCUCAGAGCAGUGUCGGCGCCUUUGACAACCGGAUCCAUUUCGGGUCGCACAUCAAUGUCGGCUCGGAUGAUCCUUGGACCCUUCCUUCGACCCCUGUUACCUCGGCCAACGUCAGUCCUCGGAUGACCGCGAUGCAUGUCUCAGCGGUACCCGUCGUCUCUGGAGCUGCCAUUGCUACGGCUAUCGCCGCUGCCACCACUACUAUUGGUGGCACUAAGCAAGUUGUACUGAAGAAGUUUCCGUGCAUGUUCAUGGAUUGCCCGAAGUCGUACGGAAGUAACUCGGCUCUCAAGGUGCACAUGCGCAACGAUCAUUCGGGAAUAGGCGGUACCAAAGCUGUGAAGGGCGCUGUUCCAGGAACGGGCGUUGGUGUUGGAGCAGGAUUGGCACCUUUGGACUACCAACUGACCAUGAACCCUCAGAUGGUUCCUUCGAUGGGUUCGUCUCAAUUCCAAGCUAGAUUGGGAUCGGUGCAGGCGCAGGUGCAAGUUCAGCAUGUGGACCCCAAGGUCGUCAGCCAGUCCAAGGCAAAGCCAGCCAAAAAGUCGGACGAACCCUCCAACAAGCCCUACAAAUGUCUUGUCCCCGGAUGUGGCAAAGGCUAUACCAACAUCAACGGUUUGAAGAACCAUCUCUUGCAGGCUCACGGCUCCACCCCCAGCAAGAAUGCCUGA